CCAUUGUUGGAAGGACAAAUUGCGGAACGAAAGCUGUCUAAAAAUACUAUAACAGCAAUAACAUUGGCCUACGAUUAUUAGUAUAGCAAUAAUAAUAAUAAUAAUAAUAAUAAUAAUAAUAAUAAUAAUAAUAAUAAUAAUAAUAAUAAUAAUAAUAAAUAAUAAUAUCUAGACUUGAUUUGUUAUUAGAGACACCAUAACAAGAGGACACUUUUUUGCACUCAAAAUAAUGGGGAAAUAUAUCUUUUAACACCCCGUUCAACUACUUCCUGGGCUAACACCAUUCAGAAGACAUCAUAGGGCCCCAAAGGUGUCUCCUUAAUACUAAGGUUAGGCUUGCACGCCCCCGUCAUAUUUAGUGCAUGGUGGUGAAUCCGAGAAGUUAGCGCUUUACGUAGUUUCACUGCGUUAAACUUAGCAUAAUAUUAUUAAUACUGUAUACUAUACUACUUUUGUCAUUUCUUUACCUCCACAUAGGCCUAAGCCUAAAAAGAAUUACAGUACUACACUCCUAGUAAAGGUUUAUAAUCGGCGAUAUGGCAUGUCGACCUUAGCUCCAUUCAAUACUGAUUUAAAUCAAAUUUUGUAUUGAUAAUUCGCUCUUCACCUUGCGUUCCAGUCUAUUGAUUUAAAGUUAACUACCGCCAAACUGCCACAGUAUUAAUUUUGCCAUCUACCCAUCGGUUUUAGUGUCAGGUUUUUUUCAGUUACACUUCAUUGUAACGUGUUGUGUCGACCUCACGUAGCUCAACGAGUCGGCAUCAGUCGGUUUUAGUUCCGCUAGGCUGCACACGAGUACCUAAUCAGUUGUGAUGAAACCACUUUAUUUGGCUGUCCAAUCGCAUUUGCCGACAAAAGAAGGUUGUCGAGUUUACCGGCAGUUCGUUGGCCUUAGACGCAGGAAUGACCCGUGUUGAAGGUCGCUUCGCAUGUACGUUGCUUCGAAGCAUGCAGACAGCCAGCGAGCUAACCAACCCGCCUAUCCAAAACAUUACAACUUCAUCAUCAUACCAACCGAGCGUGUGUAGUUCUUUCUUCUCAUGACGGCUGAAUAAAAACUGUUUUUACACCGGAUUUCUGCAACAGCAUACGUGUACAUGAUCAACUUGCAUAUCAGUUCUAGGCUAGUUGAUUUUCAAAGGAUUGCAGACAGUUUAUUGCCUGCUUUUGGGUCUAAGCACGUGCAUUUCUUACAUCCGACUACAGUACUAUCCAGACGGCUGAGUCUAAACGAAGGCGUCGUGCUAUAAAACUGAACCUAUCUAGUUAUGCCGCCAGUGAAUAUCGAGGACGGAAAUAUGCUUCAUGAAUUUCGUGGAUGUUGACACGUUGAAUGGUGAUAUAAUUCAAUAAGACGGCAAUGGCCGAGGCGGAUACUUAUUCCAGGCUAUCGUCUGGGACGCUCAUGGAAGCUCUAAUUCGACGCACCCUGAUGGAGGACGACACACACGGGGACAGGAAUUUAACCAAUAAUGGUGGUGGCUCGGCUUUUAAACGAUGGAAACAACGGGCAUUGAAUGACCAACCAGCUGAUAACAUGGAAACUCACGAUGCGAAUGUGGAAAAAUCAAAAGGUUGUAACAAAAUGUUGCGUGGUUUGCAUUCGACAGAUUUAGAUCCCUUGGCAUGUAGUCAACAAGAAAUAUUAUGUCAAUGUCCAAUGAAAUGUGAAUGUCUUCCGCACAAAUUUCAGAACAUAUCAGAAAAUGGAUAUAACGAAAUCACACACACACCACCGACUGUUAAUUCUCUAGCAACGAAGAAUGAGUUUCUUGCGUCGUGCUCGGGUGGGCACGUGUCUAUGGGUAAUACUAAUAGCGACAAACUUAGUGAUUAUUUAAAUUGGCAGUCAGCUAGUUGUAGCUCUGUCAUUAAGUCUGAAACGUCUAAAGAUGUAGUCAAUCCGAGACGACAGUGUGAUCGUGGAGAUGGUGUCCCUGGUCCCAAAAUCUCUCCACCGCACUCGGAACAUGACACCCCGGGUAGUGGACUUCUACUCAAGGCUUUAACUGAGCAAAAAGUCAGUGCACACGAUAACUCAUCAACACAAAACACUCACGGAACAUCAGAAAGCAAACAUGUUACAAACAUGAUUCCAAAGAAAAGAAUUCGAACCCAGGAUAAUGUACAAUACCUAAAGGAACCGCCACCUGGCUAUUACGACGAAUGGUUGAAAAACAUUGGAUUGUAUAAAGAAAGCAAAGAAAGCAAAAUUAUAAAUGAAAACAGUUCAGUCAGUCCAAACACAGAUUCGUCUAAUUCAAACGUACCCCACCAUCGUCAGCUAACCAAAGACACAGAGAUCAAAUGUGAACAAGCUCAAUCCGCGCAAGAUCUAAGGCGGAAGGUUACUAUGGAGAUGACAAUUGCGACAAUGAUAGAGCGUACCUUAGACGCUAGUAUGCACUUGAACUUUAACGACCCGAAGCAGAACACAACCGAAUGCUCAACAAAUUUAACGGAUGUUAGUUGCAAGGAUAGUAAACAAAAUGAAACUAAUGGGGACACAUCGGAGCAGUCGAUGGCACAGGCUAGUGAGUCUGCUGUCGAUGACGCAAAUAGGAAUAAGAGCCACGAGCAUACUAUCGCGUCCAAAAUGCCUCCCAAACAUGGACCAAAACGGCGUUUUUUCGGGGUGAGCAAAACCAUUAAGAAAACAAAUAACCAGGGUCGUGAUGAAACUACAAGAACUCCAACCCCGGAGUCUGUCUUUCCCCUGCAUAUAAGUAAUAGUAGUAUCCUCCGCCAAGCUCUUGGAAAUAAAUCCGCCAUUUCAGAAUCCAUACAGCAAAAAAACUGUAAGCUCCCAACAAAAUCGGCGAUAGCAUCCAUUUCAAAGGCUUCCGAACAUAAUGCUUAUGAAUUCUCAGAUGAAGCCUCUCUGCAAACUGAUUGCAAUAUGUUUACCCAUUACAAAUCUGAGCCCGUCUCUUCAACGUCUGAUCGAUUACAAGAAUCGGUCAGAUUUUUUAUCAAACCGGAAGAAGAUUCGUCCGAAUGUAACGCGGCCAACCAAGAGGAGCAAUUUGAUGAUAGUAUAAUAUCAGAAUGUAGAUCUCCGGCAGAACCUAACAAAUCGUCUGCAUAUUGCCAUAGCUCAGGGAGUGAUAAUGGUGGCCGGGCCAGCCCAUCAGAUACGGCAGAUUCUGAAAAUCAACCACAGAAGAAGAAAAAACGAAAACGAUGUGGUACAUGCGAGCCUUGCAUGACAAAAGAGAACUGUGGAGAGUGUUCAAGCUGUAAGAACAGAAGAACAGGGCAUCAGAUUUGUAAGAGAAGGAAAUGUGUCCUACUCAGACGAAAGCUGGCUCAAUUACCUCCUAAUAUAGAUGAGAGCACCGGUAAAGAGGAAAUUCCAGCAAGUUCCACUGAGAAUGCCAAGAAAGCAACGAUGAAUCCACAAGCGCCCCCACAGACCUCCCAGCAUCAAGCUCCUGUGCUUGUGAAUGGCCAUGCACAUAACAGCCAGCUCUACUGGGACCCAUAUCAAAACAUCCAGGAUGAAAAAGGAAGGUCACAAAACCCUGCAGCUGGUAAAGGACACCCCCAAUUGAAACCAAGUUAUCAACAUUUAUUCCAGCAGGAAUUUCCACCUAGAAAUGAAUUCAGGACUACUGGUAGUCCAGCCUUUAACCAAAGUAUGCAGGUGGCUGGCCAUCCGAUGAAUAACCAGGUACCACACAUGCAAAAUACAAAAGAACGUUUGAAACCAACUACUCAAAAUGAUAUUCGCUUCUUGCCCCAACAGGCAAUGCCCCCAAAAGACGGCUCUAAUAAUCUUCUCCCUAUUAAGAAAAUGGACAUACAGGUUGCUCAAUCACUGCUUUCAUUAAGCUCUGGUAUACACGAGAACGUUGGAAGUCCCAACCCAGGAAAUAAUUCUGGUCAGCCUCAAAUACAUGGCCAAAUGGACCCUCAUAAUAUUGCUGCAAAGGGCAACCAAUGGAAUAUGUUUGAUCCCACUGCUAUGCAACCACACAGCCAAAGUGGUCCAAAAAUGGCCAAAGAAACGGCCGUACCUUCAUCUCGGACUCAAAACUACCACAUGCCAAAUGGGCAACACAUCGCUGCAUCUGUUGCCAUGGAUGUAUCCCAAUCUGGUAGAUACGAGCAACCACUGCACAGGCCGCACCCUUACCCACAAGUCCAUAACACGCAUAGCAAUUCCAACCAAAUUCUCCCUCAGAAUUGUGCCACCAACUUGAAUACAGAACAUAGAACUCAAUUGUCUGCUCAUGUAAAGAAUAAAUAUCAACAGAACUCAGUAUCGCGUUUCCAUGACAGAUUCUCGGAAACGGGAAUGAGUCCGAUUAUGUCGAUGGAAAUGUUAUCCAAAGAUAUGAAUCAAACGACUAAGGAAAAGAAAACCUUACAGAGAAAUGCAGGCAUGAUUGAACAAUCAGUUAGGAUGUCUCCUGCUAUGGUAACCCCAGAACAGCCAGGAAGACACCAAUCAUGUAAUACGACCGCUAUAUCCAUGGAACCACCUUCUCAGUCUGCAUCCAAAGUCACUUCGUCUUUAGCCAAUAACCAUAUGGUUUUUAUGGACACGCCCACUGUGAUGAGCAGCGUUGAAAAACUUGAGCAGACCAAAACAAAGAUAUCCAAAAGCAAAUCGCGGUCUGAAACCCCAAAGCUAAGUAGUUCUUCGCAGCCAAAUCCUUUGCAAUUACACGGAAAUAUGAGUGAAUCUAGUAAAAGAAUCACAAAACCACCUGAUAAAACAAAAGAUUGCAUAUCUGAUGAAAUUGCUCGCAUCGCACUAAAAGCUAGUUUACGACAUCCACGACCCUUGAAGAGAAUUGAGAGUGCGCAUACACUUGAUCCUCCAAAACCUUUGCAAACGCCGCUUGGCCAACCAGUGCUUAAUACUAGGCCAAGCAAAAUGGUGACUGUUGAGCAUCCAUGCAAUACGCCGCCAAGAUCCCCUCCCCCAACAAGCACUGAAGAAGGCAAGGAAGAGAAACCGGAGGAGAAACCAGAAGAGACUGAAAUAAAAAAGAAAAGAAAAAGUAUUGAAGAGACAGUAGAGCAGGAGUAUGAACAUUGGAAGAAAACUAAAAUGUUAGAAGAAGAUGCUAAAGCACUACCACCAGAAUGUGAUUGUGGAGAAGUCGAGAAGGAUGAUGCUCCAUACUACACUCACCUUGGAUCAGGUCCAUCCAUAAAAGCAAUACGCAAAUGCAUGGAGGAAAGGUACGGAGAGUCCGGAGCUUGUAUUCGCAUUGAAAAAUUAGUGUAUUCGGGAAAGGAAGGGAAAACGGAGUUGGGUUGUCCCAUCGCAAAAUGGAUCAUCCGAAGAUCAAAUAAAGAAGAAAAAAUGCUAAUCUUGACGCGACACCGAUUUGGUCAUUCUUGUGAAACAGCAUACAUUAUCCUUGGGAUUAUAUUGUGGGAAGGUGUAAAGGAAGACGUAUCGGAUAAUCUUUAUAAACAGCUUUCGACAAUUCUCCCAAAGCAUGGCUCACCAACAGUCAGACGCUGUGGAACAAAUGAAGAAAAAACUUGUGCCUGCCAAGGGAUGGAUGACGAUUCCUCUGGAGCAUCGUUUUCAUUUGGUUGUUCUUGGUUAAUGUAUUACAACGGAUGUAAAUUUGCCAGGAGCAAGACUCCAAGAAAAUUCAAGCUGGAUGGCUCACAGGAGGAAGAAAUAGUUGAGAGUGAACUUCAAGAUCUAGCUACGUUCCUUGGCCCAUUGUACAAGCAGAUAGCACCAGACUCAUAUGAACAUCAGGUUCAUCUUGAAAAGGAAGGAAACGAAUGUAGGAUAGGUUAUGGUACAGGUCGUCCAUUUGGGGCUGUCACUUCAUGUAUGGACUUCUGCGCCCAUGCUCAUCGUGAUCAACAAAAUAUGAAUAAUGGUUGUACAGUGGUGGUGACUCUAACAAAAGAGGAAGUGCGUAACAGAAAACCAGACCCAGGGGAUGAACAGUUGCAUGUACUGCCACUGUACUACUUGGACAGCACUGACGAGCAUGGUGACCCAGAAGGUCAGCGGGCUAAAGUUCAAAGCGGUGCUAUAGAAGUUCUGACAAACUUUCGCAAUGAGGUCCGCAUGAAAUCUAAGGACCAGAUCAUCGCUCGCAAAGGCAAACGAAAUAAAGACUCGAGUGGAAGCUCGGAUAGUCCAAGUAAACGUGCUAAAGCAAGUGCACAAGCAGCUGAAAGCAAUGCCACCAAGGAAGCGAGUAAAAAGAUCUCAGAGACUGUUGUUAAGGAAGAGUUUAAAAGAACAGCGCCCCCACAAGGUUUCCAGCUUCCAAGUAAACAUAUGCAAGAUGCCAAUGUGGCGGCAACUUACAAUCAACACAAUCAUUGGCAGGUCGGACUCAAUGCUAGACAGACACCCUCAGACAAUCUUGGGAUGCACCCUCAUGCUGUGAUGAAUGGCAUGCAUCCUAGUCUGAUGGGUCAACAGUUAGGAUUGCCAUUCCCCUUUGAAAUGUACACGCAAUAUCCUGCAAUUCCACAAUUUUCACAGUACUUUCCCAUACAUGGAAUGCUAGGACAAGAUAAGAUGCACUCAGAGGCCAACAUGCAUGGUAUUCAUCCAGGCUUUCAGGGUCAUCUCCCUGGUGUGCACCUUAGUCCUUUUAUGCCUUCACAGGCUCACAUCAGACCUCAAUUUGAAGAUCAGAAGCCUGAUGUAAGACACCUGAACAGUCUGAUGGGAUGUACGGACAAAUUAAGUGCAAUGUACGGACAAACUAUUCCACAAAUUGAUUUGACUCGUCAUGAACACUGGAAUAGGGGAACAGGUGCCGAGCAUAGUGCUCGUCUAGGAGGGGGCGCAGGAGGAUUCCACCCACCUGUUUUGCCUGGGUUUAGUCAUCCUGGACAGCAUAAUCAACCUGGUGGGGAGCGGAAUGCUCAGGUUGUUGCACAUGGCCAGGCUGCACAGUCAAAACAACAACAACAACAUCCUUCUAGCAUAUGGCGACCACCUAUUGAAGAUAAAGCCACAACAAAUGCUGCAUCACCAAGUGUGUCACAUGACUCAGGGCCUACUCCACCUUUGAAUACAAAGCCGGGAACAGUAGAUUUGAAUUCCCACACACCUAAGAAUAGUGGACUCAUGUUUGGAACACCGGCAUCGCCACACAUUUUCCAAGGACAAGCUGCAAGUCAGAAUACAGGAAAAUCUGGUUCCAAUCAGAGUGCUGGGGGGAAUACAUCAAAGGAUGGUACUAAUGUUCCUGGUUUCUACCCUCCAGAUAUGGUAAGACCGGUGGAUAAUGGAUCAUCUAAACAAGAAACUCAGGUGGCAAAUAUGCAAAUAUUUCCAAAUGCUAAUAUUACACCAAAUUCUGGAGGAACAUCAAAUAUUCAGGGUAUUUCAGGACAACUUCAUGAUAAUCAAAUGCAACUGCAUGCCUCACAGGCUAAUUUGCAUAGACAGAUGGCCGCGCAAAUGCAGCAGAUGCCAGGUGGUCAUCGAAUUAGACCUCAGGAUCAACCUGAAAUAAAACCAAACACACCACUGUCUGAUUCAGAUGCUCCAGAAGCAUACAUAUCUAAUAAUAUCCAUUGUUUCAGAGACGCCACAAUCGGUGGUGUUGCUGUUGCUCUCACUCACGGGUCUGUCCUCUUUGAAGUUGCUAAGCGUGAACUUCAUGCCACCACAGCGCUUCAUAGGCCCUGCAGGCAACAUCCAUCCAGAAUAAGUCUAGUGUUUUACCAGCACAAGCAUUUAAAUUUUCGGCAUCAUGGGAUGAAAGAAUAUGAAGAUAAAAUGACAGCUAGACAUCAAGAACAAGAAGAAGCGGCAAGACUAGCCGGUGAAGAAACUCCAACGAAAGGUCGCCGCAAGGCUAACAAACAUGGUGAUAACAGCAACCAGUCAAACUCGUCGAAGACUUUAAAUUCAAAGAAUGGUGUCGAAGUCCCUUCACGACUCGCACACACGCAAACAACUGCAUCCCUCUCAAACUCAUCUCCUCAGCUUAAAUGUAUUGUUAGUGGCCCUUAUCAAAAAUGGAGUUGGGGACAGACCCCACAGCGAACAUAGUGCAAGACCUUUUUAAGUACAUUUGAACUUGCCCAAGUCGAAUCCAAAAUCUCAUUGAAAAUUUGUUUAACGUAGAUCAAAUUUGACUUGCAGAUUGUUAAUCAAUGGGAAAACAACAAUUUGACAUGUAAAAAAAGAUCGACAUAGAAAUUAUUCGAGAUGGGCAAAGUCGACUUAGGCAAGUUUAACUGUAGAAUCUUUAAUGCGGUUUUUUAUUUAAUAUUUUAUCUAACUUUUACAAAGUAUUUUUAGGUAGAAAUUGGUUCUAAUCAUUGUAAAAAUUGUAUUGCAGCUUCAUAGAAACAGUAUCUAAUAUAUUAAUUGGUUUUGUAAUCGAAAUCGAAUAUAACCUCUAAAUUUAGAACUGAUUAAUAGCUAUAUGAGGACCAAAAUUAAAUUUUAAAGCUGUUAUUGCACAUUUAUUUCCAUGCACAUUGAUCAAAAUAUAAUUAAAUUCUCUUGACACUUCACAUGUUCAAUUCAGUACUGAGAUUAACUAGAAUAUAGUAUAUAGGAAACCAGCAAAAACAUCCAAGAAAUGCUUUGAAUGAAGUGAAAAUGUUUUCAAAGUUGAUUUCUAUCCAAUUCUUUGGAAUUUAAUGAGAUAUCGUAAAUUCAUUAGAUAUUUUCUACGUUUCUGUUGCAGGAAUUAUAGAAUAUUUAACACUUUGUACAAUUAAUGAAUCAGAUAUGUAUUUAUAAUAAGGUUUAUAAGAAAAAUGAAAUUUUGAUAUGACUAUCUUCUGAUGGUCCAUUAAAUUUUAUACCAAACAUCUAAAUUUCACAUCAAAAGUUAUAACAAAGAUGGGUGCACUAUUAUAUAGGUUAUCAUUGAAACAACUUGCUCAAUAAUUACUUUUACUCAAUUCGUUGAUGGUCUUUCUGUGCCAACAACAAUUUUUACAAAUUUUAAUACAAUUUAAAAUUUCUUUUUUACUUCGGUGUAAUAUAUAAUAUUACCAGAUAGGGGAAAACAAUUAUUUCUAUGUAUAGAAUACAUAGGUAAUAUUAAUUUUACUGAUAGUAGUAAAAACUUGUAGAAACAAUAAUAAAUAUUCACUUUUUGAUAUUUCUUUGAUAAAAUUUAUUAUUUCAUUACAUUGCAAAUAUAUUUGCAUAGUGUAAAAUCUAGAUGAGUAAAAUUUUAAACAUGGAAAUAGAAUUUUAAGUCAAAUUUUAAAAAAUGUCAUUUGAAUUCUAAUAUAAUGUUUGGUUACAAGUUUGUAAUAAGGAAUUAACAGUUCUCGUUGUAGAAAACUGGUUUAAAUAGUGUAAAAAUUGGGAAGUUGUCCAUGAGACAACAUCUGUAUUGUUAUAAAUUGUUUUUUUCCUUCUAAAUUUAGUAAAUUACACUUAUUUAUUAUUCAUUUUCAUAUUAAUUGUGAAGAAAAAACUGUGUUGUAUAUAUUCUUGUCCUAAUCUAGUUACAAUAGUAUGCAUAAAUAGUAGUACAGUAUUUAGCAUAUUUAAUUUCUUUUUUUUUUCUUUUCAUCUAUGAGAAAGCAGGGCUUAGAGCUCUGACUGAUUAACAAUGGACAAACAUAGUGUUGGAGAUAAAGUUGAUUAAUUUUAUUUUUGGUCGUCCUGCGACCAUUUCUCUCUUUUUUCCACUCUAGGUUACAAUAAUAUGUUAGAUAUAUUUCUGUAUAGUUUCUGAGGUGAUGAAAUGGUGUGUAUCUGAUUAACUUAAAACAAAUCUUAGACUUUAUUUUUUAUGAGUUGAUUACUUUUGGGGUAGGUGCAAAUACUGUAUGUAGAUUAUCUCCAUUCACCAAUUAAAAUAUUUAUCGUUAACAAUCACUUGUAAUUCUUGGAGAGAAGCCAAAUAGUGAAAGAUACCACACAUUUUCUUGUGUAUAUUUAUGCAUACAUUAUAAAAAGAAUUUUUUUUUGCCUUAGUAAUGUUACAUGUAAUGUUUCUAUUGAAGGAACAUAUAUUUAGCAAAUUGGAAUAAAUGUGUUGGUAAUCCCAUGAAGUAUUGCAAGAAAAAAAAAUGCCCUGAUAUAUCUUGGUAAUAAAGGUACUCAACUUCAAGUAUUAAAAUCAAAAAGGCAUCUCAGGGAUGAAAACCUUCUGAAACCCAAAUUCAAUUGUAAAAUCAAAUUAUUUUUACGUGUUCAACUUUUCUAUGAAAAUAGUGUUAAAUUCUCAAAAUGCGAAUUUUGGUAAGUUUAUCCAUUUUGGAAACUUCUGUUAUGUUCCAAUAUAAAUACCCUUUGAUUAAGUAUGUUUUAUUGUUAGAAUUGUUCUAAUUGAGAUUUUUUUUGUAAUGAAAUAUAGUUUUAAAAACUAUGUAUUUGAAAUUUUGAAAAUUAUUAUUUUUUUUUCAAUUUCAAUCAAAUUGAAUUGGAAAAUGAAUUUGAAAUAUUUGAGGGCUAAAGCUUGAAUCAAUUAGAUUCUAAAAUUGCUUUUGUGGACCUCAUUUCUGAAAAUUAAUUGAUAUGAUGAAUUCAAGGUUAAGAUAGCGUCUUAUAAAAAAAAUUUAGAAUAAUCGAAUAGAUGUACAGUACAGUGAAUGUACUGUAUGUAAUAAUAUGUAAUAAUGAAUAGAAACAUGAUUUUAAACAUGCUCAUGCCGAAAACAAAUACACUAUAUUUGAAGAUGAUUUUCAAUAUUCUGGAAUGCUUUUUAUGAAGUCCAGUCUGUGAAUUAUAAUGUGUUUAUAAAUAAAUAAUUACAGUUCAUAUAUCUUAGGUGAUUGUUUUGUUAGAUCGCUGCAGAAUGGUUGUUUUACCCUGUUGGGGGGUACUUUACAUUUUCCUCGCAACUUACAACUUUUUCGGCCAAAUGUUGUGAUGAUGUAUUGGAUUGUCAAUAAUGUGAUGGUGUUCUUUAGUGUUUUUUAAAUUUUAUUUUCAUCAACAACGCAAUUAAUAAUAAAAUUAUAGGAUAGAUUUCUGAGUGUGUGAAAUUUGUUACCAGUUUUCUGUUUAGUACUCAUUUCGAAUGGAACUUCGUAGGUAGAGAGUAUACAUUUUGAAUUUAUAACUAGUAAAUGUAGAAAGGGGGUUAUUAAAAAUAUGUUUUUGUUCUAGUGUUCUGCAUGUCUUUGUCAAUUGUGGAGUUCUUCUGAUAGUUGUGUAAUGAAUAAGUUGUAUUUAUUUCAGUACAUAAAAAUAGUUAGUGUCAUUUUGGUUAUUGGAUGUGUUGUUUGUGGUAAUAAUGUUCCAUCAUGCUAUAUAAAUUGUGUAUAUAAUCGAUUGAUCAACAUUGUUGCAAAUUGAAUAAAGACUCUCCAACCACAUUAAUAAA